ACCGGCCGUUCUGAUUAGAGAGGGAAACGAAGUAAUACCUAUUCAUCGUCACAGCCGUCCUCGUCCUACCGUAACACACCUAAUUCUACCAUCGCAAUGUCUUCGUUAAGGAACAUCUUGGCUGCGGCCGUCCUUUUGGCCUCCUCGGUUCAGGCCGACUAUGUUAUCGAUCCCGACAGCGUGUCGUUGACCAUCAAGACGAGCUGGUGUAAAUCCGAGACGAGCACGUGCCCUCUGAUCUGCCAACAGACGCCUCCGGGAACCACAUUAGUCAACGAAUGCGAUCCUCAAGCUUUGACCUACGGCUGCGUGUGCGGAGACAACAAGCAACCCAACGUGUCCGAGUACUCCCUGACUCUGCCGUACUUCGUCUGCCAGGAAUGGGGUGACCAGUGCGUCAAGAACUGCGGACAGGACAACACUUGCGCCAGCUCGUGCCGAGAGGACCACCCUUGCGGUGCUCAGAAUCCGACGAGGUCAAACACGUCAUCCACCGCGGUUCCUUCCGCCACGGCUACCGAGACGGAUUCCGACAACCCUAACGCUAUCUACACUGGUCUGGCCGGUAGCAGCGAUGACCCGGAUAAAGGCAAUGCUGCCUUCCGAGUCGGUGCUAACGACGGCUUGUUCGGCUUUGUUAUUAUCGCCGCCGGUGUCAGCUUGGGUGUUUUCCUGCUGUAAGGGGAUGAAAAACGGGGAGACCCUUUCCGUCUUUUAGCAGCGGCGUCUCAACACCUGUUUCUGUUAUAAGUCUCUGAUAUAACGGACGAAUUAUGUUUCUGUUGUGACAGAACAUACUUCCAAAACGGCACGAGCGCCAAAAUAAUGCGACGUUCGUCUCGCACUUGGGAACGACGACCCGAAUCAUUUAACUAGAGCGGCUGUAUUCGAUACUUGCCACGUACUGAUAUAAUACCGUGUUUUUAAGGAGCAUUUGGGGGGUUUGA